AUGUCAGACGGCAGGUCAAAAGAGAUCCAAUUCGCCGUACGGGCGCGGUCUCCCUCGGACGGUUCCAGCUCAUCGGCGACUCUGUCCGUCAAGCCUCCAUCAUUAAAGUCACCGCGCACCGCUCGUUUCGCCGAGGCCACCGCCGUCAACUCGCCCAUUGAGCCUUCCAAGGCUGGUCGAAAUCCAUUCAAAGACCCUCCAUCGAUCCACGUCAUGGCUCAGCCGCAGGUGUCCGACGUGGGCUUUGGCUAUGUCAACAAGCACGAGUCUGUCGAGAUGCCCGACACGGACUACCAGCCGCCUCUUACUGCAAGGACGAUCCCAAAGAGUCCUCUGAAGAGUGCAAUGAAGACUCCUGGAGCUCCACCAAGAGAUCUAAACGCCAUCCUGAGUCCAACAUUCAGGGAAGAACAGAUCCUGGAAAAAACCGAGGCGCACACGGACAAGGAACAAGCCAAAGACAUUGUAAGUCCACCGUUGGCAUACUGCCAAGCAUGAUGCUGAUCGUUUCCGAGAAACUCAAAACACGAGUACGAAUCGCAAAGUUCAUGCUCCGAGGCGUCAACUUCUCCUGCUCACUGAUCGUCCUCGCCAUGCUUGCUUCUACCUUCGCCAUUUUCAACGCUACCAAGAGCCUUCCCCCACGGAACAACCUACCUCCUUGGGCCGCAAACCAGAAGACUUGGCCCCAGAUCCUGCUUUUGUGCAUCUCCUGUGUCUCGCUCUUUGCCUGCAUGCUUAUCUUUUGGGGAUACUGGAAAGGCGGCCAUCGCCGAGCCGAGAAGGCAGCCGUCUACUACACCGUGGUGGCUGUGGCCUUCUUCAUCUUCAGCAUCGUUAUGUGGGCCGUGGGUGCCGCUGUGAUCCAGCAACAAAAGAACAAUAGCGAGAAUAAGGACAUGUGGGGAUGGUCCUGCGUGGACAAUGAGCGGAGUCAGCUCUUCCAGAACGAAGUCGGUUACCAACUUAUCUGCCGUCUGCAGAACUGGAGUCUGGUGUGCGCCAUUAUUGAAAUCGUCGUCGAGCUCAUUACGAUCAUGGUGUAUGGUGUCGUGUUCUGGCGGUUCUACUCCAAGCGUCAGCUCAGGAAGUCGAUGGCUGUCCGCGACCGGGCGCGAAGCGAUCUGUACCUCGCACAACUUCGAAGCCAAUCCGCGCCCAAUACUCCAGCCCCUUUCAGCCCUCGCGAUGGCGGUUGGAGAGCGCCUGUCGACACCUAUGCCAAGGGCCCGUCCGUCGAAGAGGGCGAAGUCCAAUACAUCGAUGCCGACAGGAAACACCAACCAGCACCCUUCAAGCUUCAAGCACCGCCGAUCAAAAUCACGGGCGCGACUCCCAAAAUGCAGCAACUCGGCUUCACGCCCGUCGAGGUCACAACACGAGAGAGGACGCCUUCGCCACCAGAGGAAGAUCAAAGAUCACCGCUCAUGGCGGACGCACCUCGGGAAACGCAGCAAGAACAUUUCGCUGCUGUAGCGCCUGGUGAGCAAGUGUACGACUCGGUGCCGAUUCCGGGAGCGUACGAAGCACCGCUAUCGCCCGGUGCGGAACAGAUGCAUUUUCCAAGGUGA